GAUUUAUAAACUACUCGAAUGAACUUUGGUCGACAGAGGUUGGCGUGGGGGAAUAGAUAGAUUGAAUGAGCACUCAGAAAAUAGGAUUCAAACUGCGCCAGACACAUUGACGUGCAAUUUCAGUUCAGCAGAAAUGGGAGAUUCGAAGAUAAUGUCCAUGGGACUUCAGUUCAAAGACCGAAAAUUUAUGUUGAAUGGUAAAGAAAUAUGGAUAAUGAGUGGUGCCAUGCAUUAUUUUCGCGUCAUGCCAGAAUAUUGGAGAGAUAGGAUGUUGAAAAUGAAAGCUGGUGGAUUGAAUACCAUUGAAACAUAUGUGUCGUGGAAUCUUCAUGAACCAGAACCAGGCCAUUUUGAUUUUGAAGGAAUGCUUGAUUUAAGACGAUAUAUUGAAUUGGCUCAAGAACUUGGUCUAUAUGUAAUAUUCCGUCCUGGACCAUAUAUCUGUUCAGAAUGGGAUUUUGGUGGAAUGCCAAGUUGGUUGUUAAAAGAUCCGAAUAUGAAAGUUCGCUCAAAUUAUGAACCAUAUCAAGCUGCUGUGAAGAGAUUUUUUAAUCAUCUUUUACCAAUGAUUGAAGACUUACAGGCAACAAGAGGUGGACCUAUAAUAAUGGUACAAGUAGAAAAUGAGUAUGGAUCAUACCAUAGUGAUGUUUCACAUUUACAUUUUAUAGCAGAUUUAUUGAGACACCAUGGUGUUCAAGAAUUACUAAUAACAUCUGAUAAUGAACAUGGUAUGGCUAGAGCACCAUUUUUCAAAGUGGCUCUACCAACAGCAAAUCUCAAGAAGUUUGACAUAGAGCUAUACAAACAUAUAACAGAGAUAGAUUCUAAUUUUCCUUUCAUGGUCAUGGAAUAUUGGAGUGGUUGGUUUGAUCAUUGGGCAGGCGAACAUAAAACAGAAACAGUUGAUUACCAUGAAGAAAUGGUAAUAGAAAUACUUAAAAGACAAGGAUCUAUUAAUUUCUAUAUGUACCAUGGUGGAACCAAUUUUGGUUUUAUGGCAGGAGCUAAUUAUUUUGGUGAAUACAAGGCUGAUGUUACUAGCUAUGAUUAUGAUGCACCACUAUCAGAAGCUGGAGAUUUAACACCAAAAUAUGACAAAACAAGACAACUUAUUUUAGAGUAUGUCUUGAAACCUCAAGGAAUCACAAGUCUUCCAGAUCCUCCACCAAACUCGCCUAAAAACAGCUACGGAACAGUAGAGAUUAAAAAUUUUAUUCCUUGGAAUGAUAUACUACAGCUUGUCACAAAAACAGUACAGAGUCAGUCAGUGGUAACCAUGGAGAUGUUGGAUUUAGGUAACGGUUAUGGACAAUCAUAUGGAUAUAUUGUUUACCGUAAAACUAUGAAUGCUGGGAAACAUCUAAGCUUCACAUCAAUGAAUGACAGAGCUCAGGUUUUUGUUAAUUCUAGAGAAGUAGCAGUAUUUGAAACGAACAGUAUAUCCUUGGAGGUUAAUACACAUAUUAAACAGAAUGAUGUAGUAGAUAUAAUAGUAGAAAAUCUCGGUCGAGUGAAUUACAUUGAUGCCUUCUCAGAUAUGUUGAACCAACAACGAAAAGGAUUACAUGGGUCAGUCUCAUUGGACAACACUGAGUUAUCAGACUGGAAGAUUUUCUCCUUAGAUUUUGACAAAGAUUUCAUUAAAAGAGUGUCAUCUUCACAGAAAUGGGAGAAAUAUGAAGGGUCCCAGGAUGAAUCUACAGCUGGGUUAUACAGAUCAUAUUUAACAGUGAAUGACAAACCACAAGAUACAUUCCUCAAAAUGAAGGGUUGGAGUAAAGGUAUAGCUAUAAUCAAUGGUUUUAAUCUAGGGAGAUAUUGGAAUGUUGGUCCACAACUUACAUUAUUUGUACCAGCACCUGUUCUUAAAACUGGACAGAAUGAGGUUGUGAUAUUUGAGCAACAUAAAUGUGGAAGUUCUAUAACAUUCCAAGAUCAACCAGAAUUGGGAAUAACCAAAUAAUCCAGGAGAAGUGUGUCUCUAGUUAGUUAGCUUCAAAGGAAUAUUUUGUACCAAUUGUUAAUUUCAUCGUCAAAAUUCCAUGUCAUUCUUUUACAUGUCACCUAGCCAAAUGCAUUGGAUAUAAUAUAAUAAAUGGUGAGGAAAUCCAAUUUCUUUGAUUUUGAUAUAUUACUUUUCAUUGGUCAAAAUGUCUUCAAGAUUUCAUAUAAUCAAUCAAAUCCAUUGUAUUCGAAUAUUGGUUUAAUUUAGUCUUAUCAACCCGUAAUAAACACUUCAGUUUGGGGGUGUGGAAAUGAAAAUGGUGCUAACAAAGGGACUAUAAAGGUGUGAUUUGAUUUGAUUGGCUGAGAUUUCCUAAAAAUAUUCCAGGGCCAAUUUAGAUUGGACAAUAUUUAUAUAUAUUUGAAUAUGUAAUAUCUCUCACUUAUAUUACCAAGGCCUGUAGAAUGUAUGACGAUUGGGGGCGUGGUUUGGUUGUACACGAUAAAUCAAAUCCAAUGUUCUUAGCAACUAAUAUGUGUCCAAGUAACAUGUAAUAAGCAGGACAUGGAUUUUUGACAAAAUUUGUUUAUUUUAUAAAAUAUUUUAAAGGAAUAUUGGGGGUUGUUUAUAUUUUAAAAGAAAAGGUUGUAAAAAAAAAAAAAAAAAAUUGGUGUUUUUUUUAUUUAAUACUCUUUUCAAAUAUUUAUAUAAAUGAAUAACAGCCUUUUUUUUUGGUUCAGUCAUUUUAUGAUAAAUUUAUUGGCCAGAUUUUUGUGCAACAGGCUCGAUGGAUUCAAUCCCUUAUUAGAGAUAAAAGAAAUAAAAAAUCCCUCCACUGUUGAAAAUGGAUAAAGAAUAAGGAAAAUAAUUGUUUUAGAGUGUAUAUUUUGCAAUCAAUAUUUUUUUUUUGGCCUGUUUAAAGGGACUGUUUCCCCAUCCGUUUGACCAAUCAAACCUGAGUCAGGAAUAUUAGCUAAUCAGUACAUGUUUACAGC